AUGCAGCAGCUGCUGCUUUCUGUGUCUGUUCUUUCGCUGCCACAAAGUAUUUUUAUGCUGCAGCAGCAGCAGCAGCAACAGCAGCAGCAGCAGCAGCAGCAGCAGCGGCAGCAGCAGCAGAUAUCUCCUCUAGGCAGCCGCACGCUGCUGCAGGCUGCCUGGGGUAUUUCUUCCCAUGACGAAAUAAAGCAGCAACAGCAGCAGCAGCUGCUGCUGCAGCAGCAACAGCAGCAGCAGCAGCUGCGGCUGCUGCAGCUAGAUGCGUAUACACCCCACGGUAUCAGCAGCAGCAGCAGCAGCAGAAGCUGCUGCAACCUUCGCUGCGCCCCGCAGCCGCUGUACCACCCAGCAUCUGCUGCUCCCUCAGCAGCAGCCGCAGCAGCAGCAGCAGCAGCAGCAGAAGCAGAAGUAGCAGCAGCAGCAACAACAACCGCAUGCACUAGCUGGGGGUUCAGCAGCGCGAGCUGUUGGCCUGUUGCAGCAGCUGGACAGCUGAAGCAGCAGCAGCAGCAGCAGCAGCAGCAGCAGCAGCAGCAGCAGAAGCAGAAGCAGCAGCAGCAGCAGCAGCAACAACAACCGCAUGCACUAGCUGGGGCUUCAACAGCGCGAGCUGUUGGCCUGUUGCAGCAGCUGGACAGCUGA